AUGCCGCGCACAACUUUUACAAACACGGCAGAGGACCCGUCCAUCACCUUUGAGCUCCCCAAUGGGCCGAUGACGCUAUACUUCCACGGCAACAUGCCGCCGGAUUUCCAGCCCGCGGAUCCUGUUCAAGGGGCCACUCCUCUAGUCACCAGCGCUCGCGACGGCCCUCCAGCAGCAGCAGCGGCCGUGGCGGCGGCGGAGAAGAGGAGGACCGGCUGGAAUCUUCUCCCCGUCCCGCAGAGCGACGUCGCGGCCAGCGUGAUCCCGCCUGGCUCGCACUGGGCCGCCGCGCCGCACUGGCACGAGCUGCACACGGAGCACUUUGUCGUGGUGCGUGGCUUCGCGCUCGUGCGGAUCAGGGGAGAGUAUCUCGUCGUUGGAAGCAGCAGUAGCAGCAGCGGGAGCAGCAAAGUCGCUGGCUCCGACAAUGCCGGUGGUGUAGUUGUCGAGGACAACGGUGACGACGGGAGAAGAAGAAGAACCGACACGGCGGCAAUAGCUCAAACGGUGCUCGAAAUCCCCCCGUUCACGAUCCACGGGUUUUCCCGGGCUGAUGUGCCCGGCCCCGCCGCGGAUCGGGCAUGGGCAGAGUAUGAAUCACGAAACCGAGGCGUCCCGGGUGCAGAGCGGCACCGAUACGGGGCCUGGAGGGAGCAGGACGUCGUGCUGUUCGAGUGGACGAGCCCGUCGGACGGGAAGAAGGAAUUGUUCUUCCGGAACAUGAUGAGCUACUUUCGCGACCAUUUGCAGCCUCUGCUGGCGGACAUUCUGGAGCCACAUCCUUCGUCUCUACGACGCCGGCGGCAGGGGGAGAACGACAAUGGCGCAGGCCUCGGGGCAGGAUUGGAGGGUCGGCGAGGAGGAGUAAGCAGAGGAGAGUGGGCGAGGUCGUGGCCUAGGGCGGCCACGUCUGCGCUGCGGAUUCUCGUUCAGAUCCCGCCGCUUGUGUUCUCUCUCGCGCACCUGGAUAACCACAUGCUGCUGCUGGAUAACCGGCUUGGUGUCAAGCACGAUGGAGGGGUCUCGGCGGUGUCCCUGGCGUUGUCGCAUGGUCUGAAUGCCGUUGUGAAACGUGUGGGCGGCUGGUUCGGCUGGAGGAGUUGGUGGGAUGAAUACACACCCGUGAGGUUAAGGACAGUUGCUGCUAGUCUCAGGUAG